GCUUCAUGAGUGUCACUGCAAUCACGACUGGAAUCUGGCUGGUUUUUCUGCGCUCACACACACAACAAGGAGGACUUCAUAAGCCACUUGGGACGAGGUUUCACCUUCAUUUUUAUCCUACCUGGUAAAAAGAGUUUUACUUGGUCUUCGUACUAAAAUUGGGUUAGUAUUUUCGCCUGGGGACAAUAUGGAAAGUAACAGGCAAACGAAAUUUGGCAUGCUUGAAUUGGCGCUGGUUUUAUUUUUCAUGAGCUCUUGCGCCUCAGAAAUCUUUCCAAAAGCACAGAACGUAGCCUGGUCCUCUGUCAAUUUUAAAUCCAUGUUAACAUGGAGCCCAAAACCAACGAAUUAUUCCUACACUGUUGAAUUUUCAGAACUCGGCCAGGACAGAGAACGGAUGCCGCACUGUAUCAGGACGAUGGAACCUGAAUGCGACCUGACUGCAGAGUUAAAAAACCUGAAGGCCUAUUACAGCGCUGACAUCCUGUCUGAACCCAUGCGGGGCGUCUCCUCCGAUUUGAUUGAGUUCCCUCAUGUCAGAUCGGAGAAAUUCUCCCCUUACUAUGACACUGCCAUUGGCAGGCCAGAGUUUAAAAUAGAAGUAAGCAGCGACAAAAGGAAGAUGACGCUGCACGUAACGGACGUCCCCACAGCUCUCUUUAAUGAGGAUAACAAGAGACUGAAUAUUCGGGAUGUUUUCGGAGACAACCUGCAGUAUAAGGUUACCUACAGGAAAGCCAAGAGCACAGGAAAGAAAGAGAAGAUCAGUAAAAGCAGCAUCAUUGAGCUGACGGAUUUGGACCAAGGAGUGAGUUACUGUUUUUACGUUCAGGGUUUCCUACACUUUCGCGUUCUAGACAAACAACACGGGGAGAUCAGCAGCUACCAGUGCUCACCAGAAGACAACACAUCUAUCUUUGAAGAGUACGGCGUGGGUGUCAUCGCCGGAGCCAUUCUUAUUAUAAUUUUGGCAAUAACAACAAUCAUUAUUGUCAUCGUGAUGUGCUGCAGACGAAGAAAGAGAGCAAAAAACACAGGAAAAGAGGGAUUAGCACUGAACGGUGUGUGAGGAGUGUGGAUGCUCUAUUUGGUAGAUCUAAAUUGGACUCUCCCUUAGGGAAGAUGGCGUCCCAUUCUACUAGAAAACAGUGGGAAAAUUGUGUUUCUGUGAAACCUCAAACUGUAGAUAUGUUAGACAUGUUAUUUAGCAAGACAAGAUCUUUAUACUGUCAGGUGGUGGGUUCUUUAGUCUGGCACUGAAGUGUACUGUAUAAACAUUUUUAGAAGCACUGCCUAAUUUCAUCUACUUUCUAACAAAUGGAAAUACUGUAUGGUUUAUGAUGGGUUUUUUAUUGUAUGCACUUGGGAGAAUCAAAAUCGGAGCACAUUUUAUGAAAUGAAAGAACACUAAUUUAUUUUUUUAGCUAUUAAUGUGGUAAACUGUAUUUGUUUUUAAAGUAUUUUUGUGACAGCAAAACGUUUUAAGUUUUAGCACAUUGCAACUGUACAUGGCUAACCAGCAAUCAUAAAAUAAUGUUAAAUCUGGUUUAUUGUUGUCAUUUUGAUCAACUUUAUCAUUGUACUACAAACCUGUGAAUCCAGUAGGAAUGGUACUGAUGUGGAUUUUUUUUUUUUUAAAUAAA